CAUUCCAUAUAACACAAUACAUAAAAUUGACUUUAUUUUCCACCUUUUCAUUUUUGUGUGAAAACACUCUUUAUUUCUGGGUUUCAAAACGUUUCUGUGAUUUGUCUGUGACCAGCUCCGCAGUUUGGCUACAGAAGAUCUAACAGUCAAGGCAGCCAACCAUGCCGGAGGAUGAGAACCCCACUGGGGAGCUGCUGGCUAAGGUUUCGUUCCCACUGUACACGAUAAAGGCACUCUCAGGACAGCACAUUCUUGUGGCCGGCGGAGGUGGCUCGGCCAAAACGGGAGUCGCCAAUGGAUUCCAAAUAUUCGAGCUGACCUACUCGGGACGUCAGACGGAGGCCGAGGAGGUGGCCUGGCACGAGACUGGUGACCGGGCCAUCAUGAACUGCACCACGUUCACGCACGGCCGGCGCGAGAUGCUGGCCGCCGGCCUGGACGACGACCUGCAGAUGUAUCAGAUCAGCCGCAAACUGGUCGAUGAGGAUAACCAGGGUCACGUGCUGCCUGACGAGGAGAAGUUCGCGCAGACCAGGAAGCGACGGAAGAGCGAGUCUCUGAGCAACAGUCAGGAGGGCCGGUUCUUCCGGAAGCGGCGCCACCCCUCGGGGAACAUGCGGAUCGGCUUCGACAUCACCAAGCAGGAGUCAGUGCGCACGGACUUCAAUUCGAAGGGGGACGACUCAUUCCAGAAGGUGGUCCGCGUCAGUCUGGACCGGACGUUCCUGGUGACGGGCGGCUGCGACGGACACCUGCGCAUCUGGAAGUUCCCCGGACUCACCAAACUCAGGGACCUCAAGGCACACGCCAAGGAAAUCGACGAUGUAGACAUCAGCCCAUCGGGAACAAGGAUCGUUAGUAUCGGGAAGGACAACAAGUGCAACGUCUGGAACACCAAAGACGGGAAGAAGGCCGCCCAGCUGGACUUUGACCCGCCCCAGGAUGGCUGCAAAUACAUGUUCAAAAAGUGCAGGUUCGGGAUAGUCGAAGGCGACAAGAACAACUUCUGUCUGUUUACUCUGCACAACCCGAUCUCGUCGUCCCGAAAACCGGGCUACAUCGUCAAAUGGAACACCACCACCUAUGUGCCGGAGAAGACGGCAACAGUCACAGGCAGCUUAUCCGCUCUGGCGGUCAGUGACGACGGUCGAUUCCUGGCCGUGGGCUCCAUGGAGUCUGGCUCUGUCACCAUCUUCAUCAGCUAUAGCCUGCGUCCGCUCAAGACGGUGGACAGUGCGCACCACACGUUUGUCACCGGUCUGGAGUUCCUGCCGUCGGGUGAGGCGGCGCGUGCUGUCACAGGAAACAGCGACGCCAGUGUGGUCAGCAUCAGUGUCGACAACCAGGUCAAGAUUCACCACGUGGCACAGAGAGGGACCAUCUCUGUGCUGGCCGCCAGUCUGAUCGUCAUUGUGGUCAUGGUAGCCACCUUCAUCGGCUGCAGCAUGCUGGGACUCUGAGACUGCAACAUGACUUAGGUGACCCGGUGGCAGCAUGACUGAGGCGGCGUACGGGCGGCGCGGACGACCGGCAUAACGGUGACGUGUUGAAUCAUAGCCGCGUACCGCGCAGCUGCAGAGUCGUAUUGCUGUUGUAUUGCUUGUGUGUAACACUCGUACGGCAGUUUUGCGAAUGAGGUACGACUGUCGCACAUUUGUUAUACGACUGACAAACGACACUCGUACGACAGUUAUGUGAAAGUCGUACCUCAAUCGUACAACUGCCGUACUUUUGUCACGCAACUGUUAUACAGCACUCGUGCGGCAGUUUUGUGACUCUCGUAGUUCAUUCAUACGACACUUGUACGACAGUGUUCAGUCGCUGUCGUACUUUUGUCAUACGAAUGGCACAUGACAGUCGCAGCACUGUUGAACGGUAUUCCUACAGCAGUCGAUCCGCGUAGCACAUUAAUGCUGGAGAUACGACGGGUGUGGAAGCUGAACAGUGAACAGCCCAUAAGUGAUAAAAACGUCCAAUGGUGAACCGGUGGACGGGCUGGGUGGAUCUGGCCACCUCAUGACGUUAGCUGCGAAACUCCAUCCUAUCUGCGCCGCGGUUUGCGAUCGGAGCGCAAUACCCGCCCGGGCUACCUUCUUGCGGGUUUAUAUGAGCGUUAGUAGCAAUUUUCCGCCAAUGGUGCCCUCGUGGUGUGGCUUCAGGGCCCAAGAUCUACCUAGGAUGCUUGUAAAUUAUUUCAAUAUAUAUUUUAUUCUUGUUAAUUGGAUAGGGAGAACAACGUAAGGGGUAAAUUCCGGUGGUGUGCUCGAUUUCGUGUCGUGUUGGUUGUUAUGGUGAGGUGCGCACGCGUGCUUAGUUGGUGGAAAACACCAACCGUUUAUGACCACAGCUGUGUAAUGCAAUGAGAAUCUAUGAA